AUGCUAACUGAAAAACCAACUGAAAACCCCAGUAUAUUUACAAGAUUUAAAAACCGGGGUAAGGAUCAAUUUAGUGGUUGGGCCCUAAUAGGUAAAUUGUAUUCUGAUGAUAAAGCUAUUGAAAAAGAAGAAAAAGAGAAGGCAGAAUAA